UCAAGCUACGGUCACACUAUCCUCGAAAACGCGAAAAGCCGGCGAUUUGCGGCACGCUUGUUUUAUUUUUUAUUUAAAACGCUACUAAAAUCACAAAAACACCAUGUCGGCUGGCAUGCCCAUCAAUCCGAAGCCUUUCCUGAACGGCCUGACGGGAAAACCGGUGCUGGUGAAGCUCAAGUGGGGACAGGAGUACAAGGGCUUCCUGGUGUCCGUCGACGGCUACAUGAACAUGCAGCUGGCCAACACCGAAGAGGUGAUUGAGGGCUCCGUCACUGGGAAUCUCGGCGAGGUGCUUAUCCGCUGCAACAACGUGCUGUACAUAAAAGGAAUGGAGGACGACGACGAGGAGGGCGAGAUGCGCGACUAAACACUUCCUACCUGCAGUUUGCGA